AUUUAUCAUCUGCGUGGAUGAGGACGACGUUGUCUGAAUCAAAGUUCAUUACGUCUGUUUUCUCAUUUAUAUAGGGUUUUGGAGGAAGUUGCCGCUGCCGUUGCCGUUGCCUCGCUCUUUUAAAUAAAAUUAAGUGGGCGAAGGUAAUCUUUUGGAUGAUGUGUUUCCAUCUUUUGUAAAGCUGUUGUAAUCGUGCUUAUUCUCUUUCGUGGAGUAGUCGGCUGUUGUCUGCAUCAUUGAAAAUUCAGUAGUUAAAUAAAGUCGUGACUCAUUUUCUUUAAUAGGAUUUGGACUUCUGAGAAUCGAUUCAAUUGAGCAGUGAAGGAGUUUGAUUAUUUACUGUCUAUGUGACUAACUCCAUGGAUGUUAUCGGACUAUGACAUUUGAAGAUUGCUGAAGCAAUGAAUGCGAGUCAUCCUUCGGUGCAUCCCAUAGAAGCUCCUCCUCUCACUGAUGCUGCAAAUAAUGCACCGAGGUUGAGGAUGAAGGAUAUCCAAGGCAUGCCUGGUACUGCUGGUGGUCUCGCCUUACGGUUGUGCCAGUUUCUAUUUGCUGUUGCAGCAGUUUGUGUCAUGACUUCCACCAAUGAUUUCAUCACUGUCACAGCUUUCUGUUACCUUGUCGCGGCAGCUAGCUUGCAAAGUUUGUGGAGCCUAUCACUCGCCAUUAUUGAUAUAUAUGCUCUUCUAGUAAAGAGAUGCUUGAGGAAUUCUCGAGUUGUCAGUUUGUUCACCAUUGGAGAUGGGAUCACGUCUACGCUUAUAUUUGCUGGUGCCUGUGCAUCUGCUGGAAUCACAGUGCUUAUUGGCAAUGAUUUGAAUGAGUGUGCGGAGAACCAUUGUGGGAGGUUUGAGACUGCAACAGCAAUGGCCUUUCUCAGCUGGUUCACUGUCUCACCAUCUUUUCUCUUGAACUUUUGGUCACUGGCAUCCUAGUGAAAAUUGGGAGGAAGAAGGCAAUAUUUUCAUGAGGGUUCGUAAUUUUUUGUGUGAUCUCAGGAAAGUUUUGCUUACAACUGAGAUUUUGAUCAUCCUACUUUUGUAUAUUUUGUGAAUUGGGUCGGAUUUUCAUACAAUAGAAUGUACUUGAAA